AUGUCUGCUCUUGAGCAGUUUAUCAAUGACCAGAAGAAAAAAGGGAGUGGAAUAAGUGGAUCUGCUUCAUUUUCCUCUCUUGACUCCCUACGCAACAAGCUUCCCACAUCUAUAGGAGGGUUCUCUUUACUGUCUCGGAGUGAAACAGCCGAUAGCCAACAACUUCUCGUGGGAGACGACUCGGGAGAUGGCCAGCUACCAACUUCAAGAAAUAGAAAGAACUCUGGAUGGUUCACUUCAUCAACCCAAGAUGAGAGUAUGUUUGGAAUGACAAGAACACAACGAGUCAUCGCCUUUUUCAUGUGCAUCAUUGGAGCGAUUUUUUGCUUUUCCACAGCAGCCGUACUUAUCCCAGUGAUUCUGGUGUCGACAAGAAAGUUUGCUGCUUUAAACACCCUUGGAUCUGUGCUCAUGCUUUUGAGGUUAAUAUUGAAUAAUGAGUUUCAUCCAAAAAUUAUUUAUUUCAGUUUUGCAUUCCUGCUCGGACCCAAAUCCUACAUAACACACUUGGCCUCACCCCAGAGACGUCUCGUUACAGUAUCCUAUCUAUCUGCUCUGUUCGCAACUCUCUACUCGUCCCUUUGGGUAAGAAUAACUAAAAAGUAG